CUUUUCAGGGAUUUCAACAGUCUCAAUUUGGAGCACAUCAGAGGAUGAAAAUCUGGGCUGAGUCAGUUCAAGCUAGUGAAGCCCCAGCAUUGUAAAGCCUGGAGCCCAGCUUCAGGAUCUCGCCUGGUCCUCUUCACUGCAUUUGUAGUUGGUCUUAACAUCAAUCUAAUCCAUGCUUUUUGCUGCAAAGUCUUUUGCAUUUAAAUAAAGCCAUUUCAAAUGUCUUGGCAGCAUCAUCGGCCAUUUGUGCUCCUGACUGACUGGUCCUCAAGACAGGAUUUAAUCAGCACACGGAGGUGUUUGCUCUGAUAGAUAAUGUUCUGUGGAUUGAAAAGGCACAUGGUCAGUUGCCCAAAACUGGACAGGUGGCCCUCUCUGGAAUAGAGUCUCCCUGUAACAGGACAGUAUUUCAGGCACAAGAUGAGGUUUUCCAUUCAAAAUGUGGUUUUGGCAACACCCUUGGAAGCACAGCCUUCCCAGGAGCAGGGCACCGUCAGGGGGCAGGAUGGAGGGCUCUGGGGUAGUGCUCGCAGUGAGCCCAGCAGGAACCACGCAAUUUCCUCUCCUAUGGUGUUUAUACUGAGAGAAGCGGCCCGGGACCUCAUUCACGCUAGCAGCGGGGCAGGCGCUGGGCUGCCCUGCACAGCCCUCGCCUCCCGCUGCGCUCUGCCCUGCGCUCAGCCUGCCCAGAUACAGCUGCGCCUCCUGACUGCACGAUCCUGAGAUGGAACAGGACAAUAGGAACCCCCAGCCUGGGGACCUGAUCGAGAUCGACCGGCCAUUUCAUCAGCACUGGGCCCUCUACAUGGGGGAUGGAUAUGUCAUCCAUGUGACAGAUGUAGAUGAAAGAGCCCCAUCUCUGUCAGGUGGCAGUGACACAAGACACAUGAGAAAGGCCAAGGUGAAGAAGGAGCUCCUGAGGGAGGUGGUCGGAAAUGACAAAUCGUGUGUCAUCAACAAGUAUGACUCUGACCACCCUCCUCUGCCUGUGGAUGAGAUCAUCUGGCAUGCUGAGAGUUGCGUUGGCAUGGAGUUGACAUAUGAUGUGUCUAAAUUCAAAUCUGUCGAUUUUCUGAGCAAACUUCGACAUGUUGGUCUGUUUAGAGCUUUUGAAGGUUGUGAAAUUCACCAUCGUGAUCAGAUAAGUCGCAAGUACCUCCCCAUCCCUGGGGACCUGAUUGAGAUCAGUUUGGGACAUUACAAGCACUGGGCCAUCUACGUGGGGCGUGGAUAUGUCAUCCAUGUGACAGAUUUAGAUGAAGGAGCCCCAUCUCUGUCAGGCGGCAGUGACACAAGACACAUGAGAAAGGCCAAGGUGAAGAAGGAGCUCCUGAGGGAGGUGGCCAGAACGAGGAAAUGGUGUGUCAGCAAUGAGUAUGACUGUCACCUCCCUCCUCUGCCUGUGGAUGAGAUCAUCUGGCAUGCUGAAGGUUGCGUUGGCAUUGACUUGAUAUAUGAUGUGUCUAAAUUCAAAUCUGUCGAUAUUCUGAGGAAACUUCGACAUGUUGGUCUGUUUAGAGCUUUUGAAGGUGGUGAAAUUCACCGUCGUGAUCUGAUAAAUCGCAAUUACCUCCCCAUCCCUGGGGACCUGAUUGAGAUCUUUUUGGGACAUUACGAGCACUGGGCCAUCUACGUGGGGCGUGGAUAUGUCAUCCAUGUGACAGAUUUAGAUAGAACUGGUGCGUCAUCUGGCAGUGUUUCAUCAGCCUUUGGAGAGGUGGUGGUGAAGAAAGAGCUCCUGGAGAAGGUGGUUAGAAAAGAUGAGUGGUGUGUCAACAACAAAUAUGACAAGAACUGGAAUCCAUUCCCUGUGAAGGAGAUCAUCUGGAGAGCUGAGGGCUGGGUUGGUGAGAAGGUCCCAUAUCGUUUGUUUUGGAACAACUGUGAGCACUUUGUGACAAAACUCCGCUAUGGAGAGGCAGUGUCUGACCAGGCCAUGAUGACACUUGGAUCUACCAAUAUGAUUGCUACUGCAGUGGGUGUGGCAUCACUGAUAAGUCUUUUUUCUGUGCCUGGUGUUCCUUUUCUUGCUAUUGCUGGCGCUGGUACUAUUCUCGGUUCUGGUUCCGCUUACAACAUUAUUGCUCAUAUUCGCAUUUGUGCCAAAUUCAAAAAGGCAGGGAGAGAUAUACUUGAAAAGAGCUGCUGUUAGGAAGAGCUCAAGGAAGGCAUGGAGUCCUUGAUCCCUGUCCAGCUUUUGCCACAAGUGUAAUCAAGAUCUGCUAGCAACUGCAGUGAUAAUUAAAAUUCUUAUUGAAAUGUUAAAAUCCAAACUCAUGUUGCCUAAAAUCCACUUUUAUCUAUUUGAGUAUUCCUUUGUAUGCAGAUUCAACAGUUCAGCCUUGCUUCUUUCUGCAAUCCAAUUAGAUUUAAUAAGACAAGAAUGUCACCAUUCUAGAUGACACCAGCAGAACUAGGCUAAUUUCCACAUCUGCUUUUAUUUCACUGUCUGUGAUAAUUUUUGUGGUAGUCCCCAAGUACUUGCAACA